AUGAUUAUGAAAGAUUUUCUAGCCAAAUGUUGGAUACUGCUAUGUUUCCUUAUAGCAAGUGCUUCAGCGAAGCGUAAUUUGGUUGCUACAUCGCUUGUGACAUGUAUGGAUAACUCACAGUUGACAGCGAACAGUUUUGAUGUUGUGUUCAAUCCAGACGACAGUUCGUUGCAUUAUACCUUGGAUAUCACUACAGAAGUGAACGGAUAUGUCGUGGCACAAGCUGAAGUAUACGCAUAUGGGUUCAGAGUCAUCAACAAGGUUAUCGAUCCAUGUGAUUCGAACUGGAAACAAUUUUGUCCCCUAUACCCUGGUGUCAUUGAAAUUGACUCCAUCCAGUACAUUUCAAAACAUUACAAGGACAUGAUUCCCGGUAUCGCAUACCAGGUCCCAGAUAUUGAUGCGUACCUAAAAAUGAAUGUCAUGCACCGUGGCUCGUCCGAAGUUAUUGGCUGCAUCCAGGCUUUCUUCACUAAUGGUAAGACAGUGUCCCAGCCAGGUGUCAAAUGGGUCACUGCUGUCAUUGCAGGUCUCGGUUUGUUGACUUCUGCUUUGUUAUCGGCGUUUGGUAACUCUAAUGCCGCUUCCCACGUCGCUGCAAACACCAUGUCACUUUUCUUAUACUUCCAAUCUGUCGCUGUGUUUGCCAUGCAGCACGUUGAGACCCUUCCACCAAUCGCAGCCGCUUGGUCGGAGAACUUGAUGUGGUCAAUGGGUUUGAUUCGUGUGAGCUUCAUGCAAAAGAUCUUCAGAUGGUACGUCCAGUCCACAGGUGGUACUCCAACCUUAUAUUUGACUUCAAAAACCAUAUCUGUCUUGGUGCAAAGAUCCCUUGAAUUCGUUGAGAAUUCCUGGCUAUACAAACGUUCCCAUGACGUUCUAAAGGGUAAUUCAAAUGUCUUAAUUUUCAGAGGUAUCAAACGUCUAGGUUACAGUGCUCAUAUUGAAGUGACUUCUAUUGUCCCUACAGGAUUAACCUUCUUUGUUUUAUGCGGUUACGUCUUAUUUGGGUUAAUCAUCUGUACAAAAUAUGCUAUUGAGUUAUCCAUUAGAGCAGGUUGGAUUAAAAACUCAAGGUUUAUCGAUUUCAGAAAGAACUGGAAGGCAAUUCUGAAAGGGGCCUUAAUGCGUUACAUUUAUAUCGGUUUCAUCCAAAUCACCAUCUUAUGUUUCUGGGAGUUCGUUCAAAGAGAUUCAGCAGCAGUCAUUACUCUAAGUUGUUUGUUCCUUGUCAUGGUCUAUGGUAUCAUUGCUUAUGCCUCUUACAGAACCAUAUUUUUUGCUAAAAGAUCGAUUGCUAAGCACAACAAUCCUGCCGCAAUCUUAUAUGGUGACCAAAGAGUGUUACACAAGUAUGGUUUCUUCUACACUAUGUUUUCCGCUGAUUAUUACUACUGGUCAUGUGUUAUCAUGGGUUACAAUUUCAUUAGAGGGCUUUUCAUUGCUUUUGCUCAAAGCUCAGGUAAAACACAAGCCCUUGCCAUCUUCAUAUUCGAUUUGGCAUACUUCAUUGCUCUAAUAAAGUACAAACCAUAUUUGGAUCGUGCUACAAAUAUUAUGAAUAUCCUAAUUUCAACCGUCACGUUGAUUAACUCUUUCUUAUUCUUAUUUUUCUCUGGAUUAUUUAACCAACCUUACCCUGUGGGCUCUAUUAUGGCGUGGGUAUUUUUCAUUUUGAAUGCCGCUUUCUCUCUAAUCUUAUUGAUGAUGAUUCUAGUAUAUGUGGGCUUUGUUCUAUUCUCGAAGAACCCAGAUGUUAGAUUCAAGCCGGCUAAUGAUGAUAGAACAUCAUUCCAAAGACAAACAGCAACUGUUGGUGCUCUAGAUAAAUCUGUCGCCGAAGAACUUAUGGCGCUUGGUACUGUGGCAAAGGAUCACGAUGGUGACUGGCAAGAACUUCUGGCAACACAAGGUAAUAGAACUACAGAAUCGAGCAGUGGCUCAGUUGACGAUGAAAAGUUCUUAAGUCUAAAAAAUGAACAAUCUGUCAGCAGAAAACACUCUCUAAAGGACAAAUUGUUCCGCAAAAUGUCUAUCAGAAGGAACAAGUCCACGUCAUCAAAAAUAUCAAAUGGAAAAUCUAUUUCUAAUGCAGGAACACUGUCACCAGGAUCUUCAUCUAAUUCAACAGAACCAAUGUCGAAAUCAUAUCCUCGUGUUACAAGUAGGGGUUCAGGAGCAGAAAAUAGACUAAUAGACAACAGUAGUGAUUUUGACUUCACACUGGAUCCAGGUCAAGUAACACCGACACGUUCUCCUCGUCGAACUGCAUCAAUAAAUAACGAGAGCGUAAAUUUGGAUGGCAACGCGGAUGUGAAUGCCACUUCUUCUACGGAUAUCUUUCAACAUAAUAAUGGUUCCUACUACAAAUUGUAG